AUCAUCAGCUGAUAAUAGUGAAGUUCGGCAGCAGGACGUGAAGACUGCCGAAGUAUGCGUACCUAACAUGAUACUUUGAUAGGUUACAUUUGAAUAAAGGAAGAACGGUAUUGAUCGGUAUAUUACGUAUUCUAUGUUACAGUUCUAUGAUGACCGAAAACAACGAGGAGAAGAAACUUCCGGAAAAUGAAGUGGAAUACGAGUUUUCAACGCCGGAUAAGCAGGAGGCGCGGGCUUUUCUGCGCGAACGAUUCCUGCGCGUUAUGACCGGAGUUAUUGGUAAACAGGCGAAAUUUCACAUGCACGAGAAUACAAAAGUCAACGCAGAAUUUCGCGGAUGCGACGUAGACUGCUUGGAGAUAUUUGCCAGGAACCUGGAAACUCCUUUGGGCAAAGUGCCUGAAGCUAUUUUGAGAGCAACAGACGUCAUUUGCAUUGAAAUUAAUGGAAUAACAACUCAAUCAUAAACAAUAUUUUAAGAUAAAGACUGGAAACAA